UCACUGAGCUUCUGAGCGGAGAGGUUCCUAUAAGGUGUCAGGAUGUCGCUGUCUAUUUCUCCAUGGAGGAGUGGGAGUAUUUAGAAGAACACAAGGAUCUGUACAAGGACGUCAUGAUGGAGAAUCACCAGUCCCUCACAUCACCGAAUGGAUCCAGUCAGAGAAAUCCACCAGAGAUAUGUCCCAGUCCUCUGUAUGCCCAGGACUGUCCAGAGGAAAAGCAGAAUGUCCCACUGGAUCAUCAGGAAAUUUCUGAUGAAAGGAUGAGUGGACCUAAAAAAAACGUAUCAGUGUCCGUGAAUGGUGAAAACUGGAUGAGCGACUCCCAUGGACAUCUCCAUUUAUCUUCCUGUCAUGAAGCAGAAGAUAACAAUACCUCACAAGCUAAUUCAAUAACUCCUAAUGUAUCCUCUGUCCUUCACAGUGAAGAUCUAUCCACCGAUCCCGCAGGUCUCAAGAAACUGUCUUCUAGUCAAUCACUGAUUGGCAGAACAAGAAGUAAACAGAAAUGUGGGAAAAUAUGUGAGAAACAAAAAGAAUCCAAUCUUUAUUUACAUAAAAGAAAUUGCAGAGAUAAAAAACUACUUUCAUGCUCUCAGUGUGGAAAAUGGUGUACCAGUCAAUUCAGUCUAAAUGAACAUCUGAGAACUCACACAGGGGAGAAGCCAUAUGCAUGUCCUGAAUGCGGGAUAUGUUUAAAAUAUAAAUCAAAUCUUGCGACACAUCUUAGAAUUCACACUGGGGAGAAGCCAUUUUCAUGUUCACAAUGUGGGAAAUGUUUUAGUCUGAAAUCAAAUCUUGUGCACCAUCUAAGAAUACACUUAGGGGAGAAGCCGUUUUCAUGCUCAGAAUGUGGGAAAUGUUUUAGUCUGAAAUCAAAUCUUGUGAAACAUCUAAGAAUCCACUUAGGGUUGAAACCAUUUUCAUGUUCAGAAUGUGGAAAAUGUUUUAACCGCCAAUCAAGCUUUAUUCGGCAUCAGAGAACUCACACAGGGGAGAAGCCAUUUUCAUGUUCAGAAUGUGGGAAGUGUUUUAGUCAGAAAUCAAAUCUUGUUAAACAUCAGAGAACUCACACAGGGGAUAAGCCAUUUAUGUGUCCUGAAUGUGGGAAGUAUUUUGGUGCGAGAUCAUUGCUUAAAGAACAUCUAAGAACUCACACAGGAGAGAAGCCUUUUGUAUGUCCUGAAUGUGGAAAGUAUUUUGGUGUAAAAUCAUUGUUUAUAGAACAUCUAAGAAUUCACACAGGAGAGAAGCCAUAUUCAUGUUCAGAAUGUGGGAAAUGUUUUAACCGCCAAUCAAGUUUUGUUCGGCAUCAGAGAACUCACACAAGGUAGAAGCUAUAUUCAUGUCUUGAAUGUGGAAAGUUCUUUAGUCACAAAUCGCAUCUUGUUACACAUCCGAGAACUCGCACAGGAGAGAAACCAUUUAUGUGAACUGAAUUUUGGAAGUAUUUUGAGCAAAAUCAUAGCUUAUAGAACAUGUUAGAACUCAUAUAGGGCAGAAGCCAUUUUCGUGUUCAGAAUGUGGGAAAUGUUUUACCCAUCAAUCAAGUUUUAUUCAGCAUCAGAGAACUCACACAAGGCAGAAACCGUAUGUCCUGAAUGUGGGAAAUCAUUUAGUUUGAAAUCUAGUCUUGCUAAACAUGGGAGAACUCAUUCGGGGAGAAGCCAUUUUGUAUAGUUUAGAUCGUAGUACAUGUGACAAGUUCCUUUUAACUUCCUGUCUGCUGUGACUAAUGCUGAUUGAUGCAUAGAGGAGGUCAGAACAAACAGGCACCCCAUGUGGCUUCAUUCACACAUCAUUAUGGAUAUAGUGAAUGAAGCUGUUGUCUUACUGGUCAGGAGUACAGGACAUUUCUAAUCUGUAUGAUUUCAUAAUAAAGAAGACACAACCGACAAAGGGGUUUUAUUAACUUAGACAAAAUGGCCCCUUCCACAUGAUAAUGAAAAGGAAAAAUGUGCAACUCAUCAGGUUUGAACUAAAGGAAAUGCAGCCAGUGGAGAUGCUUUAUGUUGUCCUAAACUGAACCUACACUAAUCACCCUCCAAUGUAACUCUGUAUUGCAAUAAUUGCUGCUAAAGGUGAUGUCAUCAAGGCCAUAACAGGUGACCGUCACAUCAGCUGGAGUCACAACCACUUGUACUGGAAGGGAUUUAUCAGUGGCUACUGGAAAUGUAGAUAUGAUCCACAGAACUGAAGAUGAAGAGAACCCUACUAUUCAUUUUUUAUUAGAUUCUCCAAUAGGAAAACAUCUACUAAAGGGGGAUAUUACUGGUAUGGUAGGGAUCAUUUUUCACCUCUGAUCUGUCACUUCUGGAUGUGCCGAAAAACAGACAGAUCAUCAUCAGAUCCCAUUAUAAUCAAUUUUGGUUUCUAUGAUGAAUGUUCCUUUAUUUUUUUGUUGGAUUCAGUGUUGACUUGAGCUUCCUCCUGCAAUGAUUAUCCUAAUCAUCAAUCAUUUUAUCCUACUCAAAGAGUGAUCAUUCCAUAUAAUGUAUA